CCACCACCAUGGUUAAAAUAUCCGUUUUGCAACAUGCACCAUCGUUGCAUCUCCCUACUCGACUAGGGGAUCCCACACCCGUGUCCCGUAAUUUGGAUCCUCUUAUGCAUCCCUUUUCUCGAGCCAGAGAACGAACCAGGGCUCUGAAUGCCGCAAAAAUGGAAAGGAUGUUUGCGAAACCCUUUGUCGCUAGUCUUGAAGGCCACGUUGACGCGGUGGAGGUACUGAUGCGGAAACCAGGUGACCUUAGUACAGUCGCAAGUGGUAGUUGGGAUGGAGGAAUAAUUAUCCAUAAUAUCUCCAUGAGAACCCAUCUACUCCGACUGCCUCGAGCUCAUAAAGGCAAAGUAUCCGGACUGUGUUUCACAGAAAGCUCGAGGCUGCUUAGUUGCGGAGUGGAUCGUAAUAUUAAGAUGUGGGAUACGGAAUCUGGCUCGGACCAGCCUGUGAUGGUAUUUCCGGGCAAAAACGCGUUCAACUCGAUAGAUCAUCAUCGCUCCGAUCCCGUGUUUGCCACUGCCUCAAAUUUCAUUCAAGUAUGGGACGAAUCAAAAACUUCCGCAAUAUCCAACCUGACAUUUCCUACAUCAACCGAAACAAUAACGUCGGUCCGGUUUAAUCAAAGCGAACCGAGCGUAUUGGCAAGUGUAGGGUCUGAUCGGACAUGCACCUUGUACGACAUUCGAACAGGCAAAGCAGAGCGGCGGGUCGUGAUGCAGUUCAGCUCCAACGCUCUCUCAUGGUGUCCAACCCAUCCAACUACGUUGUUGCUAGCCUCCGAAGACCAUAAUUUAUACACAUUUGACAUUCGUUAUCUAUCAACGCCAACACAAAUAUACAAGGCACAUGUUGCAGCAGUUAUGAGCUGCGAAUGGGCACCAACAGGAUUAGAAUUCGUCAGUGGUGGGUGGGACCGGACCGUGAGGAUAUGGAAAAAAGACAAGGGCAGCGGCGAGGAUGUCUUCCAUGGCAAGCGCAUGGGACGAGUAUCGUCGACAAUCUUCACCAACGACGCUAGGUUUGUGAUCUCGGGCUCGGACGAUGGGAACGUUCGUGUCUGGAAAGCAAACGCGUCCGAGAAGCUUGGAGUAGUCAAUGCCCGAGAACGGGCAGCUAUUGAAUAUCGCGGGAAGCUUGUGGAGCGGUGGAAGAUGGACAAGGAGGUUAGCAAGGUUGCCAGAACGCGACACUUGCCGAAACCUGUUUAUCAAGCCUCGAAACUCAAAAGAACGAUGCUUGAGGCCCGGAGGGUCAAGGAUGAACGUCGGCGCAAGCAUACCAGAGAAGGAGAAAGUAAGCCCAAGGCCGAAAAGAGGAAGGCGGUUAUUGCUGAGCAAAGUUGAUGUUCUGGUAUUCGUUAUGUAAGAUUACACUGGCCCUCUCAGGCUCAUCGACAUGAGUACUGAUGGUGCCCGUAGAUUUACACCACUAUCGCCGCUCCCUACUUUGGUUGUACAUAUAAUUUUCAGUCUAGACAACUAUUUCGAGUAGCCG